GUCUUCGAAGUUGAUGAUUUCGACGAGGAAAUCGUGGCGACAGGUGCUAACUGGCCACUUGCUUUAGGCGGCCUUGACGAUGCCUUCAGGAAUCGGAAGAGGCAGAAGAAAGGGCGUGGUGGACACGAUUAUGUUUCUCAGAACAUUCUGAGUCAUUUGGGCACGCUUGCCAUGUCGGGCGAUGUUCAGAAGGGGAAGAAGCUGUUUGUCCAGCGGUGUUCCCAAUGUCAUACGGUAGACAAAGGAGGUGUCCACAAGACUGGGCCAAACCUUCAUGGAAUGUUCGGUCGUCAAACAGGCCAGUCUCCUGGUUACGAUUACACCGCAGCAAAUAAAAACAAAGGUGUAAUAUGGAGCGAGGAGACCCUUGAUGAAUACCUGAUCAAUCCGAAGAAGUUUAUACCUGGAACUAAAAUGAUUUUUGUUGGUCUCAAGAAAGAAAGCGAUAGGGCCGACCUUAUUGCGUAUUUGAAGGAGGCUACAAAAUGA